AAGGGCGUUGCUUGGAUGGAUCUCUCCUUUCCACUCCCCUUUCUCAGGUCCCCAGCACUAAACCAAGGCUCCUUGUUUCCCCCCUUCAUUGCUGCUGCUGCUGCUGCUCUCUUGCAAAACUGGAAUUGGCUGGGCUUAUUUCAAAAAAGAAGAAGAAGAAGGGAUCAGAGGCAGCAGCCGGAGAGAGGGCGAUCAAGUCCACUUUCUUCAAACUGCCCUGGGUCUCCUUCUCUCACUCUCUCUUUAGCAGUAUCAAGAGCCCCAAACUGAACCCAGAGAGCAGCUUUUUCCAUCAUUUCAGUUCCCUUCCCUCCCCCUAUCUCACACACAGCAAGAACAGAGCUCCUUCCCUCUCUUUUUUUUAAUCUUCCUUUCCUGCAUGCUCAGCUGCUUGAGUUUUGUUUUUUUUUGUUCUUUUUCUCUUUAAAGCAUCAGAAAUUCCCCCCACCAGCCCCCAAACCUCCACACAGACACACACAGAUUGCAAUGGGGGCUUUGCAGAUUGCUGGAUUGUGCAUGCUUUCCUUUCUCCUCCACUCUGGAAACACACUGGCAAAUAAAGCCAGUCAAGAUGUCGAUGAAUGUAUUGAGGGAACCGACAAUUGCCACAUUGACGCCAUCUGUCAGAACACCCCCCGGUCCUACAAGUGCAUCUGCAAGUCUGGCUUCUCCGGGGAUGGGAAGCACUGCAAAGAUGUUGACGAGUGCGAGCGGGACGAUAAUGCCGGCUGUGUCCAUGAAUGUGUCAACAUCCCAGGGAAUUACCGCUGCACCUGCUACGAUGGCUUCCGUCUGGCCCAAGAUGGACAUAACUGCCUGGACCUGGACGAAUGCUCUGUGGGGAACGGUGGCUGCCAGCAGACCUGCAUCAACAUGAUGGGCAGCUAUGAAUGCCAUUGCCGGGAGGGCUUCUUCCUGAGUGACAACCAGCACACCUGCAUCCAGCGCCCAGAAGAAGGAAUGAACUGCAUGAACAAGAACCAUGGCUGUGCCCACAUCUGCCGGGAGACCCCCAAGGGGGGCAUCGCCUGCGAGUGCCGGCCAGGCUUUGAGCUCACCAAGAAUCAGCGGGACUGCAAAUUGACCUGCAACUAUGGGAAUGGAGGUUGCCAGCACACCUGUGAUGACACGGACCAAGGGCCCAAGUGUGGCUGCCAUGUGAAGUUUGUGCUAUUUUCUGAUGGGAAAACGUGCAUAGGGGAGAGGCACCUCCAGCAACACGCUACCUCCCAGACGUUUUCUAAUGAGACGUGUGCCGUGAACAAUGGAGGCUGCGAGAACAAGUGCCAGGAUGCAGCCACAGGCGUGCAGUGCAGCUGCCCCAUGGGCUUCACUCUCCAGGUCGACCGGAAAACAUGCAAAGAUAUCGAUGAGUGUGGGCAGAACAACGGCGGCUGCGACCACAUCUGCAGGAACACGGUGGGCAGCUUUGAGUGCAGCUGCAGGAAAGGUUACAAGCUGCUGAUCAACGAAAGGACCUGCCAAGACAUCGAUGAGUGCUCCUUUGACAGGACCUGCGACCACAUCUGCAUCAACACGCCGGGGAGCUUCCACUGCCUCUGCCACACAGGCUACACGCUGUAUGGAGUUACCCACUGCGGAGACAUUGAUGAAUGCAGCAUCAACCGAGGAGGCUGCAAAUUUGGCUGCAUCAACACCCCUGGCAGCUACGAGUGUACCUGUCCCGCUGGCUGCAAGUUGCACUGGAACAAAAAGGACUGCAUCGCCGGUGUUUGUCGUCCUUCAGAGCUGGUGAAGUGCCUGGUGGGCUCUGCCUCCCACCGGGCCACGCUGUCUUGCAACAAGAACGGCAAGAAGGACAGCUGCUCCCUCACCUGCACCUCCAAGGCCCGCUUCCUGCCAGAGUCUGACAGCAGCUACACGGUGAGCUGUGGGACGCCUAUCCAGCGCCAGGGGGCCCAGCAGCGGCCUGGCAACAGCAGCCAUCACUGCGUGGAGACUGUCGCUGCUCCAAUCAAACAAAAGGCUUCCUUCAAGAUCAAGGACGCCAAGUGCCACCUGCACCCACGCGCAAAGGGGAAGCAGGAUGAGUCGGGGAGGCCUGGGGCGCCAGGUGGGGUGGCCCCCUGCUUGGAUUGCCAGGUGACCUUCGUGAACCUCAAGUGCGACUCCUCCAGGAAGGGCAAAGGCCGCCGUGCCCGCAAUCCCUCCAACAAGGAAGUGACCCGCAUCACCUUGGAGUUUGAGGCAGAAAUCAAACCAGAGGAGAUCACAGCCAGCUGCAACAUGAACUGCCUGCGGCAGCGGGUGGAGAAGAAGCUGAAGUCUGCGAUCAAGGCCCUGAAGAAGUCCAUCAACCAGGAGCGGUUCCUGAUCCGCUUCGCGGGCAUGGAGUACGAGGUGGCCCGGAAGCUGAGCAUGGCCCUGGAGAGGCAGGAGAGCUGCGGGCCUGGGCAGCAGAGGGUGGGAUCCAAGUGUGUUAGCUGCUCGCAGGGAACGUAUUACCAUGGUCAGAUGGAGCAGUGUGUCCCCUGCCCUCCUGGGACCUACCAGGAGAAGGAAGGCCAGCUCUCUUGUGACCACUGCCCCAGAGGCGAUGCUUACGGCCCAGCUGGAGCAACCAACGUAACCAGCUGUGCAGGUCAGUGUCUCCCUGGGCAGCACUCAGUGGAUGGCUUCAAGCCCUGCCAGCCAUGUCCCCGGGGUUCCUACCAGCCCGAAGUGGGGCGGGCUCUGUGCUUCUCCUGUGGUGGAGGCCUGACCACUAAGCAUGAGGGCGCCUUCUCUUUCCAGGACUGCGACACCAAAGUUCAGUGCUCCCCGGGCCACUACUACAACACGAGCGUCCAUCGCUGCAUCCGCUGCGCCGUGGGCACCUACCAGCCGGACUUCCGCCAGAACUACUGCAUUGCCUGUCCGGGCAACACCACCACCGACUUCGAUGGCUCCACCUCCGUGUCGCAGUGUAAAAACCGCCAGUGCGGGGGAGAGCUGGGCGAGUACACUGGCUACAUCGAGUCUCCAAACUAUCCUGGGAACUACCCUGCCAACAUUGAAUGCACCUGGAACAUCAACCCACCUCCAAAGCGCAAGAUCCUCAUCGUCGUCCCUGAGAUCUUCCUCCCAUCUGAAGACGAGUGUGGGGACGUUUUGGUCAUGCGGAAAAACUCCUCCCCGUCCUCCAUCACGACCUAUGAGACAUGCCAGACAUACGAGAGGCCCAUCGCCUUCACUGCCAGGUCCCGCAAACUGUGGAUCAACUUCAAAACCAGCGAGGCCAACAGUGCCAAGGGCUUCCAGAUCCCCUAUGUCACCUAUGACGAGGACUAUGAGCAGCUGGUGGAGGAUAUCGUACGGGACGGCAGGCUCUAUGCCUCUGAAAACCAUCAGGAAAUCUUAAAGGACAAGAAGCUGAUCAAGGCCUUCUUCGAUGUGCUGGCUCACCCGCAGAACUACUUCAAGUACACGGAGAAGCACAAGGAGAUGUUGCCCCGCUCGUUCAUCAAACUCCUCCGCUCCAAAGUCACCAGCUUCCUCAGGCCUUACAAAUAGCCCCACGAUGUGCCCCAGCCAUGCCGGCCGCCCUGCAGCCAAGGAAACCCUCUUUUUACUUUUCUUUGAAUUGUUUUUCCCCUAAACAGCUUUAUAAACAAACAGAAUCCCCGUCCUUCGCUAUGCAGACGUCUGUAACAGUGACUCCUUCUUGGCUUGCUUUGAACCCAUCUUUGGGGCAGCCCCACGCCCUGUUCCUUCAAUGCCGGGGGAGACAUCUCCCAUCCCACAGGCGAUGUUGCUUCUUGUUCCAAGCAACCUCUGCAUUCAGAGGCAGCUGCAACCUGCUCCGUUUGAUGAACCUCAAGUGCAGCUCUUCAGGCUGCUCUCCUGGUGGCCCUUUGGUUGCCCUUGGUGUUUUUUACACAUCCGCACACAAGUCGCUCUCCAUUCCUAGAUGCCAUCAACACAUCCGCAGCUGCCUUCCCUCAUGGGACCCGCAUGGUAUUUUUACUCCCACGGUGAGGCUUUCACGGCUGCAGCCAGACCUGUGCUGCUUCUCCAAGAACCGAGGGCAAAGGAUGUCCCUAACUGCAGAAGGUAACACCUUUAUUUAUCGUAGCGUUGUGGCUCUAGAAAAACAAAGGAACACGUCUUCGCAGAGGGGAUUGGGGAAACAUCCAUAUGCUUAAAAAAAUAUUUAAAAACAAAAAAGGAAUAAAGGACAGGACUGGGACGUACAACAGCAAGUAGCGACUGGCUGGUGGUUGCAAUGGCGGUUCUGAGGGGUGGGAGAUGUGUCUCCAGGGAGCCAUGCUGGCUCUCUGUGUCUGAGGAAAGCAUGGCCAAGCCACGUCUUUGCAGAACAAUGUCUGGAUGAACGGGAGAAAAAAAAUGUAACGAGAAAACUUUUGGACAGAUUCUUUUCCCUCCUACCUCCCCACCCCAGCUUAACACUUGUGCCAAGAGACCAGACUUUCUUACAAGCUCGGCCAAAGAGGAACUCGUCGACAGAAGAGCAAGUGAUGUGAAGAGCAGGACUAAAUGUUUGUGCACUAGGAUUUCCUCCUUUCUACCUUUUUCAUAUGUAUUAAGUGCAAUCAUUUGAGUCUUCUUUAUAUUAUUUAGAGGGAAGUUUUUUCUACUAGAAACUCCAAUAUUUAUACCUGCCUGAGAAAUGAGAAUGUGUGUUUGUAGCAAAAGAGCAAAACCAAGCCAAGUCUCCGAUUCAUGGUAAACCAUCACGGUGACGUUUUCAGACCUUGGAAUCUUUUCUUCUGGUCCCCAGGAAGUUCUUGUUUAAAUCAAAAAGGCAAAGCCUUUUGGGGGAAAUUAACUGCUUUUGGGGGGAAAUCAAUUGGAUCUUCCCCAGGUAACUGGAAAACAGCAUCUUGUUCCAGCUGCCCGUGCGGUCAGCGGUAGGUCUUCCCUAGUUAAUGCAUCAGUUUGCAGCAUGGAGACAAGAUCUCAGUAUUCCUGCACCCUAUAUUUGGCACUGGCAAUCCCUUACCUGAAGUACUGUGCCCAGUUUUGGGUACUGCACUUCAAGGAGGAUGUGGACAAACAGUCCAGCAGAAAGCAACAGUAAUGGUUAGAGGUCUGGGAAAUGUGACUUAUGAGGAAAAGAUGAAAGAACUGGGAUUAUUUAGUCUGAAGAGAAGCCUGGGAUGGGGAUUUGAUAACCAUCUUCAAACACCUGAAGGGUGGUUAUAAAGAGGACAGUGAUAGACUAUUCUCUGUGGCCACAGGGAGUAGGGCAACAAGCAAAAGUCUUAACUGGCAGCAAGGAAAAUUUUGGCUGGAUGUUAGGAAGAACUUUCUCACUCUGAGGGUGGGUAAGGAUUGGAACAGACUGCCUAGAGAGGCUACAGACUCUCCAUCCUUGGAAGUCUUUAAGAGCAGGUUAGACAUAAAAUUAUCUAGGAUAUUUGAGAUAUGGGUGAGCAGAGACCUGGACCAGGUGACCUUCUUCUUCUGUCCCAAAUCUUCUAUGAUUCUGUUUUUCCCCAGAGCCCCACAAACAUCCUCUACUUGGUUUAGAAGAUCGUCAUCGUUAGGCGUAGUCAUAUCGAGGUUUAUUUCUUCUGCAGAUUUCCAUGCAUUGAUUCCUCUCUCAUUUACUGCAGUGCAAAUCAUCUAAAGUAACCGCAGAAGCUGAUAAAGUUAUAGCAGCAUCAAAAAUCUGAAAGGAAGAAUACGGUUCUAAGCAUAGCUAGAUCACAGGACUAGAAAAGCUCAGAUCCCAUCCAGAAGAGGACAGAACUGAUGUAGACAAUCUCAAGGCAAAAUUCCUACUGGAUCUAACAGGAGCAUUUUGUGAAUGAAGAAUGACAGAGUCAGAAAGAGAGGAUAUUCAGGACCCCCCUGAACAGCCAUUCAAAGUUUGAUCAACGUAGGUAUAAUGAACAGCGACAGGGCAAAGCUUUCUCAGACCUCCAGCAAAUCCAGUCUUGGAAAGUCAGACUCUCCGAGCAGAAACAGCUGGAGGAAGAUGCGCAGCACAGGUUCAGUUGACCGUCACUGAGUCCUGGGCUCCUGACUCUCCUAGGUGCUUUUAAAAAUCUCCACUCAACAGCAAAGGCUUCUCAAACUGAUCCAAAGUAGAGCUCAUGCUGCGGCCUCCACCUGCCCUCAUGUAGGUUCCUGAGGCCGAUUUCCUACUGACAUUCCAGUUCCCUGUCUCUGACUGCUUGUCUGAUUUUCCCUGCCUAGUGUCUGGGGAAUGCAUAGAUCCUCAGAGGCACCACUGCAAGCAGAGUAUCAAUAUACAUAAUUAUCUAUUGAUGCCUGCACUCUCCUGGCUGCGCAGUCUCUUGAGAGAGCAGCCAACGUGCCAUUUCCCUUGCCCGCUGAGUGUCCAUCUACACAGCCUAGUUCAACAGCUGCCUUCCAGCACUCAUUGUCCAGUGUUUCACCCUGCGGCUUGGAUUGGCACUGCCUGAAUGAGGCCCAGUUCUGUGCCCUUGUGGCACUGAAGAGGCUGGCGCUUGCUCCUGGGUACCCUGUCAUGCCAGAUCUGCUCAGAGGAGCGGCAGCUGCAGGCUGAGAGUCUUGGCACCUUAGUGGUAUCUGCAGCCGACUCUCCCUUCACAAAGGCAUCCCUUGCGAGGCUCAGAGCUCCUUACUGCUCUCGUGUAUCUGCAGAGCGUAGGUGCUGAUAGGGGCACACCUACUUCCAGGUGUGGCUUAAAACAAGUCACAAAAAGCUGCUUGCCAGUGCCAACUUUGCGAGGACCCUUAUUCCUUGCAAAAGUAACAUUUACAGCACUUUGAAUCCAAACACAGCAGCCUGCAGGCCAGCCAUUGUGAGACCAGCCAGUCUAGCUUCUCCAGCCAGGCUAAGUAAUAUUAACAAGGACAGGUUGUCCAAGCUUAUGGGGCUGGAUUUUUCCGAAGCCUCUAGUUGUUCUGGGUGCCUGACCCGAGGCUUCAGACAGUACUAACCACCUGCCAUCUGACAGUCAGGUCUCUGUCUCCUCCUGGACUUCCCAAAUCAGGGGGAACUUGGGAAAUCUGGGUGUAAUUCAAGAGCCUUUUCUUGCAACCCCUGCUCUCAGGGUUAAUCCCUUCAGGAGUUGUUCUUUUGAAGGCUACAGGCCACAUGACUGGGCUCCAGCUUCUAUCCUGGCACCUCCCUCUAAGCUGGCACCCAGGGGUGGCACCCUCUUCACUGCCCCCCAUGUUAGGCUACUGCCUAGGUGUGAUCCUGUACCACCCUGCUCAAGUCCCUGAAAAAUAUAUGAACACUAACAAACACCAGCCAAGUCUUAGACUAAGGAACGGGAAGGCACCAAACAGGACCCAGCAAGUAUUUGCAUUGAAAGUUUUUCAGGGGCUUGAGUAGGAUGGAAAAGGAUCACUUAACAUCCCCGUCUCCUGAGACACAGAACAGGUGGGGAAUCUGGCCCUCAACCUUUAAGGCUACUGCUUGCUACCGCAGAUAAGGACCUGGAAGUCUUUCCCCUUUAUCUGUUGAGAUGAGCUAACUGCAGUCACCUGCUUUCCUUUAGCCUUUGGACAUCCAUCCAUGGUCAUCCUGUAUUAUGCAGCUAUCUGCUCUAGUGGGCAGAUGAAUUUUUGGUAGUCCAGUUUCUAGCACGUGGCCUAAAUUUAGCACUCCCUUCAGAAUCAACAGAUGUCAAGUCGUGCUUCAAGUUUCUCUGCCCCAAGGCAAAAAAAGGAAAGGUUUGCAAGGCUGAAAACUGUCACCUCCUUUCUGAUGCAUUGAAUGUUUCAACAUAGUAAAUAUGACAAAGGUGUUUAUUAAGGAAAAAAAGGACUAUUUAUAUCUGCUUUUGGCAGUGGGCCACAAUUUAGCAUCUCCCGCAAAAUGAUUACGUGAUGAAAAAGAUGUAGUUCAUAAAGUUAUUUGCACUUGAUUAAAAAAAAAUGUAUCUGAACUUUGUAAAAAGAAAAUGUUUGCAUUUUGUAUUGUCUUUUUUUAAUUAUUAAAUGGAAUUUCUUGG